AUGGAAACUUUAUCUUUAGAAAAAUGUUUGGGAGAAUUAAAAGAAGAGAAAGAGUGGAUAAAUUUACUAUAUAGUUCGAGAAUAAUAGAUAUUCUAAAUAGUAAAAAGGAUUUCUUAAAACAUCGUAGAUUAUCAUUUGAAAAUGGAGAGAACAUAAAUGAUUUUAAUAGUAGUAAUAAUAAUAAUAAGAAUGAUAAAGAUAUAAAAGAGGUAAAUCAAUCAAAAGAAGUUAAUGAAAAUCAGCUACUGUCAUUCUCUUCGCAUCAUACCAAUGUUGGAGAUGCUCUCAGACUGCUGAGUCAAUAUCAUUUGUUUGCAUGUCCGGUGUUCAAUGAGGAUGACAAUGGCUGUGAGAAUCAAAAGGUGUACAACUACGUUGGAAUGCUCGGUAUACAUGAAAUCGUUGAAUACCUACUCGGUUGCUACAAAGAUAGAAAGAAGAUAAACUCUGUCGUUGGUGUAAUCCAUUUGGAUACCUGGAUAGACAAUAAGCAUAAACUAAUUGAAAACACCGAAUUCUUCAAAAUCACACCUGUAAUCGACAUUUUGAAACUCGUUCGUAACAAAACAUCACCAACACAACUCUAUCUCAACGAUUCACUCGCUGUACUCAUCCGAGUGCUUACCAAUUCCUCUUCACUUAGAUUACCCGUUAUUAAUAAUGAUAAUAUUGUUGGAUUGGUAUCAACUUCAGAUGUACUUAGAAUUCUUGUUGAAAAUCAAACGAUGUUGCCAAAGAUAUUCUUUAAAUCGAUUGAAUCGUUGUCACAUCGAUACAAGUUGAUAGAGGAGUUCCCAAAGAUUAGAUCUGACCAACCAACAACCGCAGCAUUCGAUCUUCUCGAACGUGAGAAUAAACCAUCGCUUCUAGUAAUAGACUCCAAUACAAAUCAUGUUCUUGCCAACUUUAGCUUAUCAGACUUGAAAGUAUUGGUCGAACACAACAUAGAAGAUCUUAUGUUACCGAUCAAUGAAUUCAUUAGAAACUAUAAACCCAUUGUAAGUAGUAGUAGCUCUUCUUUAUCCUCUGGCAAUCUAGCAACAUUUAUUUAA